AUGGAAGAAACUGCACGUAUUAAAUCAUUUCUAAAAGUCAUAGAUGAACCUAUUGUUAAUAUAAAAAAAUUAAUGAAAUUAAGUUGGCAUGGAAUACCAUUCAGUAUUAGAUAUAUCAUAUGGAAAUAUUUAUUGAGAUAUAUUCCUGUUGAACAUAAACGUGUUGAGUUAGUAUUAAAAAAGAAAAGAAAUGAAUAUGACUCUCUACAGAAAAUGUUAUCUUUUGAAGCAACAGAAAUCGAAUUAAAAACAAAAAAGCAAAUUAAAUUAGAUUUAGUAAGAAGUACUACUGAAGUUCCAUUUUUAUUUCAUGAUAAAGCACAAGAAAUAAUGGAAAGAGUAUUAUUUUUAUGGGCACUAAGACAUCCUGCAAGUGGAUAUGUUCAAGGAAUUAAUGAUUUGAUUGUUCCAUUAUUUGUAGUGUUAUUACAAGAAUAUUCUCCUUUAAGAGAAAAAAAUGUUUUUGACGAUGUUUUAGAAGAUGACUUAAAGAAAGUUGAAGCUGAUUUAUAUUGGUGUUUAUCUUUAUUACUUGAACAUGUUCAAGACCAUUAUACAAGUAAUCAAAGUAAAAUAUUUGAACAACUAACUUCUAUGAAACAAUUAAUUAUUAAAAUAGACCAACCAUUAGCAAGUCAUUUUGAAGAGAAUAAUGUUGAAUGUUUUCAAUUUGCAUUUAGGUGGUUCAAUUGUUUUUUGUUAAGAGAAAUGUCUUUAGAAAAAGGGUUACGUCUUUGGGAUACUUAUCUUUCAGAUGAAGAUGGUAAUGGUUUCAGUCAAUUCCAUUUGUAUGUGUGUGUUGCAAUCAUUGAAAAAUAUUCUUCUAAAUUAAUGAAUAUGGAAUUUGCUGAAAUUAUGCAAUUUUUACAAAAUCUUCCAAGUGAAGAAUGGACUAAAUGUGAUAUGGAUGCUUUGUUAUCUGAAGCGUUUAUCUUAUAUAAAAGAUUUUCAUCUUCAGAUACUCAUCAACCACUUUCUCAUUAA